AAUCAAACGAAAGCACGAGCAGAAGAUAACGACUCCAGACUCCAGUUGGCACAGACACACGCACACACACACACACACAUGGUAUUAAGAAGCUGGGAAAUGGCUUAAAAUUUAUCAAAUGCCCUAAAACUGAACCAAAACGAGAUGGUUGGAAGGGACAAAGGUCGUUGCCUCAUCUGGCUGGUGGUAUUUUCAAUUUGCCUGCAACUGCCUCCCGAGACCCAUGAGUUUAACUUUGGUUUCGGCGAAGGCGAUGACGAGGUGGCAGAGGCACCCAAAACCCCUGCCCCUACCCUGGCGAGGGGCAAAAAGUUGGGCAUACGACGAACCAACGAACGCAAAUUCAAAUUUCACAAACUAGAGCGCGUCGACUACGACGAUGAGGAUGCAGAUCCGGAAAUGGAUGUGGAUGAUGGUAAUGGAGAUGAUAAUAAUGAUGAUGAUGGUACUGUAAAUAAUGCAGAUAGUGAGGAGAACAAUAACAACUACGAGGAGAACGAUAGAUCCGAGGCGGAAGUGAGAGUUGAGAUCAGUCGAAGCCAAAGAAACAAGGCUAAGAAACGCAAAGAGCGUGGAAGAGAUGACAAAAGCUCUCCAGACGAGCCCUCACUUAUGGGCCGCUUAGUCAGCGCUUUAUUCACCGGUUGGGCCAAGGAGGAGGAGGAGGAGGAGACUAAGCAGCCCAGCAAUAAUAUUAUAGACUGGUUGCAGUGGCUCAUCGAACAGACUGGGAAUGGUAAGGCAAAGGAACAGCAAAAACCGACUUCAGAGGAGGAAGAGGACACUAGUUUACUGUCCUACCUAAGACGUUGGCCCUUCACCAGUCUCUUUCCGAUCGAACAGCUUGCGAGGCACACAAGUAAGUCCCGUCUAUCGCACACCCGAACUGACGAUUCCGGCGAGCGUUGUGGCUCGUCCGCCCAACAACAACAACAACAACAACUUCCCAUUAGUGAAGAGUUACUGAUGCAUUGGUUGCCCGCAUUUGUGGUGAAUGCCUCGCAUGUGGAGCACGAGGAGUGUCGCCAACAACUCCAGCUUCUUUAUCGCCAUCUGCGCGAGCACAGUUUAUGGACAUUGCAGAUGCUCGAUGCCACAGGCAAGGUCGGUGCCGGAAUUCUACGCGGCAAUAUCAACCAGCUUGGAGAUUUUGAUUUGUGCACUCAGGUGCGCGGCACCGUCAAGGCUCCGCCGAGUAAACCGAAGCGUAUUCGUGGCAAAUAUUGUCUGGCCCAUGUCGAAAUAAAUACUAGGGUUGCGGAACUAAAGAAACCGAUGCAUCUGGCCCAUGGACGGGGCCUAUGGUAUGGUCAGUUGGAUAAUCCCCAACAUAUUGUGCCACGAUACACAGUUGCCAAUUGGGGUGUCUGCGUGCCGCACGCCUGUUCGGCUAGUGUGGUGAGCGAUAUGUUGCAUUCGAGUCUGCAUCCGUACAAUGGAACUGGCGUGCGGUUCUAUGUCGAAGUGGAGGACAAGGACUGCAGCACGAGGUUGAAAAGGAGUUUCAUCAAAACGCUAGGCAAGAACGGCCAACUGGGAAUGAGCGUGUCAGUUAUUUUCGUAUUGCUCAUCAUACUGUUGUCAUCUCUGGUUUGGGAGAAGUGGGCGUGGUUAGUCGAGCACGUGGGAAGACUACGUAAGCGUAGCUCUGAAGAGGCACCCCCUGCUCUGCAGGAGAAGGGCGAGGACCAAGUUGUCGCUGAAACUGAACAGACCGAUCAAGCAGCUGAGAAACCCGAACUACCUACGCCUGUCGCGGCCACAUCAACCCAAAAGACUGCCUUGAAUGUGCUGCUUGAACUGCUCCGUGCCUUUUCGCCGCUGCGCACUGCACAGGCCCUGCUCUCCCUGGAGGGUCCACACAUCGAAUAUCCCCUCCUACAUAUGAUCAAGGUGUCUUCCACCCUAAUGCUCUACAUUAGUCUCAAGUACCUCAUGGCCGGACACUUGCCUCUUACCAACAGAGACAGCUUUGUGCAGACCGUCGAGAGUUACUGGAGCGUAUUAUUUCGUACACCCCUCCUUUAUAGCGAUGCACUGUUGUUGGUGAGCGGCUUUUUGGCCACCAAUCAGCUCUUUCAGGAAAUCGAGCAGAAGGCCCAAAUACAUUUGCUCAAAAAUGUCCUCACAAAAGCCACACGCACACUUCCCAUUAUCUAUGCAGUGUUGUCUGUCCAGACCUGGAUUCUGCCCCAUCUGGGUGCUGGCCCUCUGUGGAAUGCGCUGGUGGGCGAAAAUGCGCGCUUGUGCAGUAAACAGAUGUGGCGGAACGCCUUCAGCAUUCAAAACGUUGUGGACUUCGAAGAGGCGUGUUCCCCCCUAACGCUACAACUGGCCGUGGACGUACAGCUCUACCUGUUAGCACCGCUCUUAGUGUGGCUCUACUCAACUGAUUCGGAGGCCGGGUUUUUUGUUUAUGGCGCUCUUCAUGCGCUCUCCGUAGCAGCACGCUAUGCGCGCACCGCUCGGGAGCAUCUGUCAACAACUUUUUUUCAUGGCAUGCACGUUAGCAUGUUUUAUCGUACCGCCAAUUUGAUUUACACUUCGCCGGUGAGUCGUGCCACGCCCUACCUACUGGGCAUAGGAGUCGCUUUGCUGUAUCGAAGCGAAGGUGGUUCUUUCAGUUUGGCACCGCGCUUGGUUCCCGUUGGAUGGGCUCUUUCAGCAUUGAGCAUUGGAUGGUGUUUCCUCUCAGCAGCCGGAGGUAUGCACAGCGAUUUCGUCUAUUCGACGGACGACGCUGCCGCCUAUGCAGCAUGGAGUCCACUGGUACUUGGACUUGUCAUCUGCUGGUGUAUCCUUAUGGCGCCAUGGCGAGCAUAUGUUGUGCUGCGCUAUCCGAAUGUGGCUCGACCACUGUUUUUCCUAUCGAAAAUUGCACUACCCCUACAACUGGCCACCUAUGUGGUGGUGCUUUCGAAUACGGCAAGUGUGAAGGAGCCGUUGAGGUUCAAUUUUAGCCAUUUGUUUGACAUUCAGGAGAUUGGCUUUAUCGUAUGCCUUGCCAUUGCCUUGGCCUUUCUGAUCGAUGUGCCCGCCCAGCACCUACGACGCUUCCUUGUCGAACGGAUAUUUGUGGAAAGUAUAUUGACUGUUGAUCAGACGGGGGAGCAAUCAGAAGCGGAACAGUCCGAAACGGUCAGUAGCAGUGAGCAUUUAACUUCGGAUACUCCAGAGCCACCCAAUACGAUUUGGGCAUCUGACCCAGAGGAGGAGGAGCAAAAGUAUAUAGCCCGACGACGAAGUAGUGUCCCAGAACCCGACAAAACUGAAGCACAAGCGCCGGCUAGCGAGGAGGACGAGGAGGAGGAGGAGGAGGAGGAGGAGGAGGAAGAAGAAUAACCCGAGUCAUAGAAAAUAUACGGUGCAGAGAGGCACAGAAAACUCCCAAAAACCCAUUCCCAUACGUAUAUAUUUCAUUUACUUUUAGGUUUAACAAACAGGAUUGUGCUUGGUCUUGGAUAAAAGCUAAGUUAGUUUGUUUUUUCUAAGUCGAGUUAUUUAUACUCGUAUACUAUAUUCAGAUAGAUCUAUCGAUCGAUCGCCCAUUAAAAAUAUUCCCCCUUUGAAUUUUAAUUACAUAUAUUUGUAUGUACGAAUAAUAAAUAAUAACUGAUUUACAAGCAUUUAAAACGCUC